AUGUCAAAGUUGAGGUACUUAAAUCUGCAGGGAAAUCAGUUCUCAGGACCCAUUCCUAAUGCUAUGGCCAACUCUUCCUUGCUAUUGACAUUGGACUUGAUGAACAACAAAUUCUCAGGUGAAAUUCCGAGUUGGAUUGGCACUUUUUCAAACUUGAGAAUUCUCCUUCUAAAGGGUAACAACCUUGAAGGUUCCAUUCCCACUGUGAUGUGUCAACUAAGGCACAUAAGCAUAUUAGACCUUUCACACAAUACAUUCUCUGGGGAGAUACCUUCAUGCUUGAAUGAUGCAUCUUCAGGACUCUUGGAUCCAUUAGACAAUAUCAUAUUUGGUGAGUAUUUCAUAAUGUUCCCCAUCAAAUUCACCAAGUACAUAUCUGAAAAUCUACUUCAUGUAGAUAAUGGCAUCGAUAUCCAAGGUCUCGUCUCGGACGAGGAACAAGAAGUGGAAUUCAUGUCAAAGAGUAGGUUAGAAUCAUACAAGGGAAACAUAUUGUACUAUAUGUCAGGAAUAGACCUCUCUUGUAACAUGUUAACAGGUGCAAUUCCUCAUCAAAUUGGAAACCUUAGUAGCAUUCAUACCUUAAACUUGUCAAAUAACCAUUUAAGUGGUCCUAUCCCAGAAACAUUUUCUAACCUCAAGCAAGUAGAAAGCUUGGAUCUUUCACAUAACAAAUUGGUUGGUCACAUUCCUUCAAAAUUAGUAGAGCUAUAUAGCUUGUCAAUAUUCUCUGUGGCUUACAAUAAUCUGUCUGGAACAACACCGGAGACCAAAUACCAGUUUGCAACUUUUGGAGAGAGUAGUUAUGAAGGGAACCCUCUUCUUUGUGGACCUCCAUUGCAGCAUAGUUGUACUUCAAUCUCUGGUGGAGAAUCGGUAAUGCAUUCAGAUCUUCAUGCAGAGGAAAAUGAGUUCAGAGACAACUUCAUGUGGAGUUUUGCAGCAACUUUUGUUGUUUCAUUUUUAAGUGUCAUAGUCAUUGUCUACUUCAACCCUUACUUUGUAUCAAGAAAUUUUCAUGCAUGA